UGGCCGCAGGCUGCUUGUUUUUCAGGCAUCCCACUUAAUACCCAUGAGUGAAUCUAUUCCCUAGCAUAAUAGUUUUAUAAUGAAGGCACCCUCCCCUGACAGAUAACAUUUACAGUUGUUUCCAUCCUCCCCUGGGUCAAUACCACUUCCCCAAAGAUAAGACACGGUGCACAGAUGUUCUCUCCACUUAUAAAUUUGCAUGUUUAUCUUGAAUCGUUUGCAUGAGUGCAAACAGUAAUCUGCACCAAAGAAGUCACCUGAUCCUGCAUACCUGUGUUGACACUAUAAAACAUCAAAGGUUUACGUAGGUGUAGCUGUGUUUCUCUGGACGAUCGAAGGAUGAAUCUCACUCAGCCUGCAAAGUGCUGCGUCUUUGAGUCUCCCAUCCUGGACCAGGCUCUGCCUCCAGUCCUGAUCCUGGAGUUCAUUUUUGGACUGAUGGGGAACUUUGUGGCUCUGUGGAUGUUCAUCUUUCACAUGGACACAUGGAGGCCCAACGCUGUGUACCUGACCCACCUGGCUGUUGCAGACUCCAUUGUGCUUUUCUGCCUGCCUUUCAGAGCAGAUUACUACAGACGGGGAAAAAACUGGCUCUAUGGUGAUAUACCAUGUCGUAUUCUGCUCUUUCUCUUGGCUGCCAACCGAGCUGCAGGAAUCUUCUUCCUCACUGCUGUGGCUGUUGACCGCUACUUCAAGAUCGUGCAUCCUCGGAAUCGGAUCAACCAGAUGGGCCUGGUCUAUGCUCUGUGGGUCUCCCUCGGCCUUUGGGGUUUGAUUUUUCUUGCUACCGGAUACCUUCUUACUAAAAGCCACUUCUUCCACUAUAACAACCAUACUCAGUGUGAGAGUUUCAACAUCUGCAUGGGCUUCAGUCCCCUCUCCACCUGGCACAAUGCUUUCUAUGUCAUACAGUUUUUCCUGCCCACUGCAAUUGUUGCCUUCUGCACCAUCCGAAUCGCAUGGCAGCUUAGAAACAGGACUGUGGACAAGAAGGGGAAGAUCAAGCGAGCUGUUCAAUUUGUCAUGGCUGUGGCAGUGAUUUUUAUUACCUGUUUCUUCCCUAGCACCAUAUCCCGUAUAGCUGUGUGGAUUCUUAAGGCACAGUAUGAUGAAUGCAUCUACUUCAAGGAUGCUAACCUGGCAUUCUACACAUCAGUGUGUCUCACCUACUUCAACAGUGUCCUCAACCCUGUUGUCUACUACUUCUCCAGCCCUGUCUUCAGUGGAACAUUCAAGAAGCUUUUGAAUAAACUUCUGAGAAGGAAAAAUGAAAGGGAUGAGAAUGGCAUUUACACUGUUGAUGGUAGAAGGGUAAAAUAAUGGCAGUUGCCAGUGUGUUUUCUGCUUAUUAAAGAUGGUUGGGUUGGUUGCAAUAUAACACUCAGAUCAAUGAAGGCAAAAUGUUAAAGGCAAUAGUAAAUUACACAGUAUAAUAGUACUUAACCACAAACUUGGAUUUUGCUUUGCUUAUGAACAAUAUCAGCAGCGUAGGGCUCAUAUAGGGCACAUUCUGUCUCAAAGUAGGAAUAAACAGUAACAUAACGCAUCCCUCUAGUAUGCACUACAAAUAUUUAAAGCAUAUAUUUGUCAAAUAUGGCCACUUUGCCUAAUCCAAUACCUUAAAAGGGAUUAAUAUCAAUGAUGAUCUGUAAAACAUCUCUCUGCUACCUAGUAAAUCAUUUUUCUCACAGAACAAAUGCAUUUCACUCUUAGGCAGUACAUCAAAGUAACUGGAGGAAAUGUGUGCGCUUUUUUCUUUUUCUUUCUUUCUUUCUUUUUUUUUUUUUUUUUUUUUUUUUACAACGAAUGUUAAACGCUUACACAGGUGUGAACCCCACAAUACUUUCACUAAACAAUGUAUUUUUUGUCUUUGUUGGCUACAUAUAAUUUUGGCUAUUUAAAUUUAGAUCUUGUCAUAGUUUGUUUUGCUGUCAAUAAAUUAAACCAUAAUGACAUCCCAA